AGUGGGAGGUGGGGCCGGAGUGCUAGCAGCCGCCCCGCCCCUCAGCUUCAGGGAGCCAGGCCGGCCCGCGGUGGACAGCGACUGGCUCGGGAGCUGCAUCCCCACAGGUCCCACCCACCAGUGCCUCUGAAGAUGGUGAGGAUCUUGGCCAAUGGGGACAUUGUACAAGAUGAUGACCCUCGAGCCAGGGCCAGCACCCCCUUUCGGAACAUUACGUCUCGGCAGAACUUUUUCACCAGAGGAGAAGGCCAACCUCAUGGGGGCCCUGCCCCAAACAUCCAUCACUUGGGGCCCAGGCAAGGUGCCCAUCGCUCCCCAUUCUCUGACAUCAACCAGCAGCUGGUGAACCUGGGUUUUCCCCUGUGGCACCUGGGGGACCAGGUGGUGGAGCCUGUGAUGUCCAUCCUUCUGCUUUUCUUGGUCAUGAUGCUAGGAGUUCGUGGGCUACUGCUGGUGGGCCUUGUCUACAUGGUGUCCCAGCUGAGCCUUCGAUGACCCUGGCGAGGGGAAGGGGGGGGAGCUCCAGGGAGAGGUGUGUGUGUGUGUGUGUGUGUGUGUGUAUAUAUGAAUAAGGAGGGAGGUGUGACUAGCUGGGGGUGAGAGUUGGGCCCUUCCACUGAGGCCCCUUACCUUUUGGGAAAAGGGCCCCAAGGAAACAAGGAAGUCUGCUGCUGUCUCCUAGUCCUGCUUAGUAUCAGUCAGGAGGCCUUGCCAUCAGGGGGGCUUCUCAUCUAGGAGGCUUUCAGCUUCUAAGAACCCCACCCCCUUUUUCAUCCUUGCAGCUGGAAGACCGUGUUAGAGGAGAUCCCCAAGUUCUCUCUUAGUUCCUCUUCUAGACUGGACUGAGGCUUCCAGGAAUGGGGGCUGGGAGCUGGGGCUGGAACCAGUACUCCAGGCCUGGCUCAGGCCUUGUCAAGCCUUCUUUCUAGCCUGGGGGAUUUUCCCUUUUUCCUUCCAUCUCCAGCAAUUCCAAGGAGGAGAUCCAGCCCAUAGAGUCAGGUUACUGGCCGGUGCUAAACCUUGGACGCAGGAUGCUUGUCUCUAAGUGAGACAAAGUUCCUGGAGAUGAUUUUUAACUGGGCAGGUCCCAGACAGGAGGGUCACUGCUUCUUGAGCCUGGGAAUGGGGAUAGGCCAGAGGGGAUGGCUGAUUCCUAGGGUUAUUUUAUCUUCCCCUCUCUGAUGCUAAACCAUGGGACUUGGUAUCCCCUUGAAUCUGAAAGGGAGAAGGCUUUUUUUUUUUAAUUGCAGGGAUCUUAUCCUGACAACUCUGGCUAGGCUUAGCGUAUAGACAGAAUGAAACCUAUAUGUAGGUGUUGUGAGGAGGGAAGGGAGGAUGGUAGGUAUACACUAAUGGCUUCCAUCAUUGCCUUGGGACCAAACUUGCUCUCUUUAAAGGUUUUUUUCUAAGAUUUUUUUUUUUUUUGGAGGGGAGGAGAGGACAGAGGCAGGUCUAGAAGAUUCCUAGCAGGACAGGCAAGGGCUUAGAGGCCAAGCAGCUCUGGAACCAGUGUGUGUGUGUGAGUGGAUGCAAACCCAAGCCUUUCUUCUGGGCGUGUUUCAUGGCCAGGGGCUUCGCUGGAGUCUUGUACCCAACGACAGCCCUGGGAUGGGAAGUCUGGACCUGCUAUGGGAGGGGCAGACCAUGGGGGACUCCAGCUACUGGGGUGGAUCACUGAUGUUCCUGGGAUGCUGGGGGAGCUCUCUGUCAGAACAUGACUCCUUUCUCAAG